CUUCAGAACCUUAGAUUAGCAGUGGUACAGAUUGGUUUACACAUUUCAAUAGUUGGAAUAAAACAUUGGGGACCACACAUUUAUUUCAAUAAAAGAGUGUUAAAGGAAAAAAACCGUGCUUUAUAUGGCUUUAACACUCAUCUAUUUAUAAUAAUUUGUAUUAUUUUGCUUGUCCGAUAAUAACUACCUCUUCCCCGAUUUGUAUACAAAAAAUUUGUAACUUGUUAAAACCCCGGGAAUGUUCUUAUAUUUGUUUGAUCAUUCAGAUCUCCAGUCAAAGCUGAAUUCCUAGGCUGAUGUGAAAUAAUAUUUAAUUUCUAUUUUACUAAUAUUCAGAAACAACUUUCAGAAUAAUCAAAAUGCCGUUUAUAAUAAGAUCGGUUGGAGGGGGAAAAAUACCUCUGUCAGACAGGAAGAGAUUGCAUGAUGAUAUUGAGAAGCGUCCGUGCUCGUAUUGUGAGUCAAUGAUUCAAAAUUGUACUUUGGACGAACAUAUAAGAGAGGAACAUGGAACUCCUGUCGAGAUAAAAACCCAUGAAGAUGUUCAGUUCAUGUUCACGCAAUCAAUUCUUAAUCAAUUAAACUUGCUGAACAGGAAAUCUUUUGAUAUUCUUGAUGGGAUAAGCGAAGAAUGCAGAAAUAUUUGUGUUCGAAGUAAAAAUUUAGCAGGAAGGGUCUCACACCUCCUAAAUAGUUUAGAAGAAGGCCAAUCAACUGGAUAUAGUCAUCAGACUGAGCAACUUAAUAAGAACAGGCCUGAAGAAAUGCAGUUUAGGAAGGAUAAUCGUCCAAAAGCAUUAGUAGAAGCUUAUGAAAAGGCUUUACCGAUGCUAGAUAUCAGAGGUUUUAGGCAAUUCAGAUCUGAUGAUAUUGAUCCUGCAACCCUAGUAUCAGAUCCAGAUUAUUUUUUCAAUAUUUGGAGGGACGAAUAUAUGAAAAAACUUAAAAAAGAAAAAGAGGAACACCAGGUUCGGAAGAAGAAGAGGCAGGAGGAGAAGAAGACGAACCCUGAGAGGAGACAAGUCGACUUGACUUGA